CUGUUUGACUCUGGUGCAUCACAACAUAUGUCAUUAUACUGUGACUUGUUACAAGACUUCGUCAACAUAGUCCCAAAGCCAAUAACAACCACUGACAAACAUACCUUUCAAGCAAUCGGCAAGGGCAACAUUAUGAUUCUGUUGCCAAAC